CUAAUUAGCAUUGUGUGUAGCAUUUCACAUUCUUUUUUUGGCAUUAGUGCAUUACAUGUUGACAUACUUUGACAUUAUAAGUAAAUUUUUCAAAAUUCACAAUGGGAGCUAUUUGGCCUUAAUUUUAUUAUUUUAUCAUUAUCCAAAAUUAAAAGGGAUCCCUCCUUUCCUCUGCUAGAAGAAGCCUAGAAUAGUAAAAUGGCUGUUCCCUGGAACGUGGCUGAAAUUCCUGGCCGGAAUCUUAAUUUGCCGGUGACGCGGGGCGCGUUUCCCGUUCAUCCCUCCCGAGCAUCCUUGAGCCGGGUGCGUUGUACGCCGGUUCCGCAGCAGAUUGAUUCAGGGAUAUUAUGUGAGCCUUGUGGUGGCAAAGGAUGGCUGCUUUGCGAUUUUUGCAAAGGGCAAAAGACCAAUGUACAAUCUGCAACUACAAAGAUAUACCGUCGUUGUCCUUCUUGCAGGGCUAUCGGAUAUGUUGUGUGUUUGAAAUGCAAAGUUUUCAAGUGUGUCACAUACCCAAAUGCUUAUGAUGAUGCGAAGUAGAGUUUGUAAUCGCAUUUUGAUGUGGGAACUAACAUUCUUUUUAAAUGUUACUAGUAUUUGUAUACCAUUUUUAACACCGCAUUUGACAUCAUUCUUCUUAAUUGAGAUCACAGACAUUCGAUAAUUUUCACGGUCUAAAAAUGUUUGUAAGAAAAGUGGUGUCAAAUGUGGUUUAAAAUGUUUGUAAGAAAAGUGGUGUCAAAUAUGGUGUAGUCCAAACAUGGUUGAUUUUUUUUAGCUUAAGAAAUCACUGUCAACAAA